CUUGACGGGUUGAACUUAUACGCGCGCGACAUGGCGAAGUGACGAGAAGUAAACAGUUUCGAAGUGUUUUUCUGAUUUGUUUACAUAAAUAAGAGUGUUUUGCACCAGCCUGUGCACUGAACCGUACACGAAAACAACAAUAAUGGUUUUGGAAAUAAUGCGUCUAGUUAGUUAGUUUGAUAAUAAAUAUAUUGUGUGCGCGAGAGCAGGAGGAUGGAUUGCGUAGCAACCGGAGGAAACGUUAAAGUGCUGGCCAAAGCAAUACACUCCCUUUCAAGGAUUGGAGAAGAGCUUUACUUGGAGCCCAUUGAGGAUGGGCUAACCCUGCGUGCAGUGAACUCAUCCCGCUCAGCGUUCGCAUGUUUCCUGAUGUCUCGGCUCUUCUUCCAGAAGUUCCAGUAUCCUCCAGACCAAGCCUUCCGCUGUAAAAUGCCUAUUAAGAGCAUACAGACAGUAUUCAGGUCUCUCUCAUCUCUCGAGCGCUCUGUGGAAAAGUGCCGCAUUGAGAUGAACACUGAAAAGAGUCGUCUGAGAAUCACGCUGCACUGCAAACAUGGGCUUUUAAAGACACACAACCUGUCCUUUCAGGACUGUGAGUGUUUGCAAGCAGUUUUUGACAAGGACAACUGCAGCAACGUGCUCCGAGCUCAACCCAGGUUGUGGGUGGAUACAGUACUGCAUUUCCCGCCCUCUCUGGAGGAAGUGAGUGUUUCGGUGAGCAGCGAUCGGGUUUGGCUCAGGAACCACGUGGAAGAUGAUGCAGACCCGUCGAAAGCCAUGAUGACCGAGUUGUGUUUGAGCGCCGAAGAGUUCGAUCACUUUGCUAUCGGCUCCGAGACCAGCAUCACCUUCUGCCUCAAAGAGCUCCGAGGUUUGUUGGUGUUUGCUGAGACAGCAGGUCUUCCCAUCUCCAUGUACUUUCAAGAGCCUGGCAGUCCUGUUGUCCUGAGCGUAUCCGACAGUGUCCUCGAGGCGAACUUCGUACUAGCUACUCUGUCUGAAGACGCACACCAGCGCAACCACAAUAACAACAAAGCUAACGGACCCCAAGCCGAACUCCCACCCGACGACUUCAUGUGCGACGACAUCGACUCGUAUCUUAUCGCCAUGGAAACCAGUGACCUCGCCGGCCCGUCCUACGAACUUCAACCUCAGACUUCCUCCACCAACCGCAAAAGCCGGCCACUUAGCGAAGAGGAAAACGAGGACGAGGAGGCGGAGGAGCAGUCAGUGCUGGGACCACCCAAUAAAAAGUUCUGCUCGCUUUUCUUCGGCUCCGUGCAGCCGGCUUCGACUCAGACAAGCAACCAGACAACGCAGGAAGUGCUGGCCAGCGACAGCGAGGACGAGAGACAGUCGGAUUGAACGUCGCACCAGAGAGCAAAAUGAACAAUUUACACACACAGACUGCAUAAUGGAAAAUUUUGAAAAAGUUGAAUCAGUUGUGAAGCGGUCGAUACAAGACACCCGCACGAUUGUACAGGUCAAACUUUUACUGCCUUUGUUUGAGCACAAUGGAGAACAUUCAUAAUACUCACUUAAAGUGUGUUAGGAAUAGUCAUCUCUGACAUCCUGUGGUAAUCUAAAUCACCUCAAAUUUCAUUCCUAACCAUGGAGCUGCCGUAAAUCAGAUGCUUAUUACAGGUGAGUCGUCUUCACACGGCGGAUUUUAUUUAGCAAACCAACCUGCCAUUACCUCCAAAAAGCAUCACUGGUGUUUAACAACUGGGGUUCAAUUCUGAUUUAGGAAAUCACAACAUUCAAAUCCCAAUGAAAUUUCCUGAAAAUAAUAAAAUAAUUUAUACCACUGUGUUGCUGGAUUCUUCA